AUGCCUCCUCGCAAAUCUACGUCCUCGGUGACGCCCGCCGACCCAGACGACCAUUCACAGCUCUCGCCGAUGGCGCCGGCAGCAGACAAGCCUGUCACUGCGACUGAGCAACAGAUAAAGGCGAGAGCGGAGCUGGGCGUGAGCGUUGAUGAUUAUCUUCUCCCUCGCUCGUUAACCAUUCGUCUUGCCAAAUCGGUUCUCCCACCCAAUACUACCAUCCAGAAGGAUGCUGUGCUGGCUAUACAGAAGGCAGCUACGGUUUUUGUCUCCUACCUAUCGUCCCACUGGGAUGAGGAAGCCUUUACUAAUAUACUGUACAGUGCCAACGACGCCACCCUGAAACGAACUCUCGCCCCAGCAGACGUCUUCGCCGCGCUUUCGGAACUGGAAUUCGAUUCCUUCCGCCCCAGACUUGAGCAAGAGCUGGAUGCAUUCAUGGAAAUCAAGGCUGGAAAGCGAAAGGCGAAGAAAUCGGAUGUGAAUGGUGCCGCAUCUGCUGGUGCUGCUACCGCUGAGGAUGUAGAGAUGGUUGAUAAUCCCACGAAGCGGGUGAAGCGGGAUUCUGAUGGGGCUGAAGCAGUCAUGCAGGGGGAUGGGGAUGGGGAUGGUGAUGAGACGCAGGAAGAAGAGAUCGAGGAGGAGGAAGAACAGGAGCAGGAGGAGGAGGAGGAGGAGGAGGAGGAGGAAGAGGAGACGCAGGAUAGAGUCGAGGAGGAUAUUGAUCGGGUUGAGGAUCUGGAUCAGACUACUAGGCCUAUGGAUCCGGAUGCCGAUGAGACGGAUGAUGAUGAUGGACCGGCUAGUCAGUUGCGUGAUGACUUGGGUCUUGGCUAA